CAGUUUUAAGGUGCAAGAAGAAUAGGCAACAUGGGAAAAGCGAUAUUCUGUGUUUUUGUGCUUCUCAGUGUAUUUUCACAAUACCAAGUUUUUGGUACUCAGUCCGCUUCAAACAUAUUCGAAGUGGCUCCAAACACAAAAAUAACGAUCCUGCAGCAAAACUCCGGGCUUUUUCCGUCCUCCCAGGAACACUACCUGAUCAAAAACAUCGGUACCACUGAAGUGUCCGCCAAAAUAAAAUACGGAACGUUGGUGAACUGGUUUGGAGACGUGGUGGAGGUGCAACUUAAACCUAGAGACAUCAAAAUUUUGAACAACGGCGAUAAACCCUACUACGUGACGGCCUUGAAGGUUUCCAACAAAAGUAACAGCACAGCUGUGGUUUGUGCCUACAAGACGCUGAACACUGAGAUUGUGGGAAAUCUACCCGGGUGCUAGGUGGUUUUAUUGUUUUUUUUAAUAUUAUUUAAAUUUAUAUUUUGUCAUUAUUGUUGAGUUUAGUUUUUUUAAUGAUUAAAUAAAUAGUUAAUUUUUUACUUUGUUUAUUAUUUAUUGUUCAAAAUAUAAUUAAUUGUUUUAAAACUUGUUGUUUUAUAACGC